UCAACAAUGUCAUGAGAUAAGGAUUUGAAGCCCCACCUUUCGUUUCCCUCUCCUCUCCUCUCCUUCCUUACCAUCAUGGAAUAGCUUCUUAUCACUGACUAUCUCCCCCUUUUUUUUUUCUUUUCAUGUUCUUCCCCUUUCCAACUUUCCAAAGGGACAAAAUUUAUUGUGCUAUUCUUUCUCAGGGAGAAGCAAGGAUGAAGAACUAACAACGAGGAAGAGGCCUUUCUCCCAGCCGAAACUUUUUACGCUGCAUACACAUUAACCUUCUUGACUUAAUACGAUGUCGGUAAUAAGUCCAUCUUCCAUCAGCAAUGUUUCACUUGUUCCUAUAGCCAACCAUUCGGGGAAGACCAAUAGUUCAACAAGAUUCAGCUUUUCUAGAAAGCCCACUAAACAUACAUUUCAUAACCAAAGAUUUCUUUUACCCCUAUCAACGUCGGUUAGGCUGUUUCCAAAUUGCACUAAAAACCUAUUUUGUAGUCAUGGCCGUAGAAUCCCAAUAUAUUCUGCUGCAGGAACUGACGUGGCGGUGGAGGAGUCAGAUUCACCGGUUUCUGGUGAAGAAUCAACUCAAAAUUCAGAACUUCCGUCAGGCGAAGUCGCAACAAAUGAAAAAACCCCUGUUAAAUCAGAUGCUGCUCCUACACAGUCAAAACGUUCCAGACCUAUGAGGAAGAGCGAGAUGCCAGCUGUAAAUAAUGAGGAACUUAUUCCUGGUGCAACUUUUACUGGAAAAGUAAGAUCAAUUCAACCAUUUGGUGCCUUUGUUGAUUUUGGAGCGUUCACUGAUGGCUUGGUACAUGUAUCAAGGUUGAGUGAUAGCUAUGUUAAGGAUGUGGCAAGUGUUGUUUCUGUCGGGCAAGAGGUGAAAGUAAGAUUGAUUGAAGCAAAUGCUGAGGCUGGACGAAUUUCUCUCUCUAUGCGUGAAAAUGAUGAAAGGAAAGAAUCUCCAGCUAGCAACGAUAAACCUGGGUCUAGCAGGAAGAACGCUCCGAAAGCAAGAGGACCAAGGAGAGAUGAGGUGAAGAAAAGCUCAACGUUUGUCAAGGGGCAAGAUUUACAGGGCACGGUGAAAAAUAUUACCCGGUCCGGUGCUUUCAUAUCUCUUCCUGAGGGAGAGGAAGGAUUCCUUCCCAGUUCUGAGGAAACCUUUGAAGGAUUUGGGAAUCUGAUGGGAGGCUCUACUUUAGAAAUUGGCCAAGAGGUUGAUGUUAGGGUGUUGCGGAUUGCAAGGGGACGGGUAACUUUGACCAUGAAAAAAGAUGAAGACAAUGAAAAGUCAGACUCUCAGCUCAAUCAAGGGAAAGUUUAUGCAGCAACAAACCCCUUCUUGUUAGCAUUUCGUAAGAACAAAGAUAUUGCCACAUUUUUAGAUGAGAGGGAAAGUAUAGAGGAAGCAGCUAACAAAUCUGUGGUACAGAAGGUUACGGAAAUAGUGGAAGGGAUAGUUGAUGCUGAUCAGACCGACGCUGAUGACAAGGAGGGGAAAAGUCUGCCUUCUGCUGUUGAUGAGGCAGUUAAAGAAGAUGAGCCUGAAAGUUCAGCUGAUUCAUCUGCUGUGGCUCAAGAUGACUCGAAGAGCAUACUAUCUACCUCAGAAGACGUUGUGGACGGUGUGGUUGAUGCAGAGGAUAAAGAAGCAGAGGGAAGUCCUGAAAUCAAGGCUUCUGAUGACAACCAAUUACCAACUGACCAAGCCGUUGAUAAGUCUGAAGUGUUAGGUGACUCAUCUUCUGAUGUUUUGGUUACUCAAGAUGAAGGAGAAAGCACAUUAUCUGCUUCAGACAAUAUUGUGGAUGCUGUAACUGAUACUACUGAAGAAAAAGAAGGGGAAAGUUCUGAAGUAAAGCCAUCGGAAGAUGGGCAAUCUGAAGAGGUCCGGGUAGUUGAGGCUGCUCAAGAUGAAGGAGAAAGCACAUUAUCUGCUUCAGACAAUAUUGUGGAUGCUGUAACUGAUACUACUGAAGAAAAGGAAGGGGAAAGUUCUGAAGUAAAGCCAUCGGAAGAUGGGCAAUCUGAAGAGGUCCGGGUAGUUGAGGCUGCUCAACCUAUGGAUGGAGCUGAGAAUGAUGGGCAAGUAGCUACCCCUGAUGAUGAAGCCAACAAAUUAGUGACUUCAGAAAGUUCAGUUAGUGAAGAGCUUGUGGCUAUUGAAGACAGUGUUGUUGCGGAAAAAGAAAGUGAGCAAAGCCAAAAGGAUUUGGAAAAUGAGAUUGUUUCUGCUUCUUCAUCCGAAAAGGAAGAGGACAAACCAGAAUCGGAUUCAAAUGGUAGCAUCACGAGUUUAGGUCAAUCUAGUGAAGAAGUUCCUGAGAGUCAAGUUGAUAUUCAGUCACCUGCUGAAAACCCUGAAGUUGUUUCCUCUGCACCAGUUAUAGAAGAAAAGAUAGAAACCGCUCCUGAGAGGAGUGCUGAUCCUCCAGAAGAAGUUGCACCAAAAGCUGUGAUAUCACCGGCUUUGGUAAAGCAGCUUCGUGACGAAACAGGAGCAGGAAUGAUGGAUUGCAAAAAAGCUCUGGCAGAGAGUGGAGGCGACAUUGCUAAAGCUCAGGAGUUCCUCCGAAAGAAAGGCUUAGCAAGUGCAGAAAAGAAAGCUAGUAGAGCCACAGCUGAAGGAAGAAUAGGUUCCUAUAUUCAUGAUGGUAGAAUUGGAGUCCUAAUAGAAGUGAACUGUGAAACUGAUUUUGUCUCAAGAGGGGAUAUCUUCAAGGAGUUGGUUGAUGAUUUAGCAAUGCAAGUUGCUGCAUGCCCUCAAGUACAAUAUGUGGUGACAGAAGAUGUUCCAGAAGAGAUCGUGAACAAAGAAAGAGAAGUCGAGAUGCAGAAGGAAGAUCUUUUGUCUAAACCUGAACAGAUCAGGUCAAGAAUUGUUGAAGGGAGGAUAGGGAAGAGGCUUGAAGAGUUGGCAUUGCUCGAACAACCAUAUAUCAAGAAUGAUAAAAUAGUGUUAAAGGAUUGGGUUAAACAAACUAUUGCAACCAUUGGAGAAAAUAUUAAGGUGAAGAGAUUUGUGAGAUACAAUCUCGGAGAAGGCUUGGAGAAGAAAAGCCAAGAUUUUGCUGCUGAGGUGGCAGCACAGACAGCAGCUAAACCUGCUGCAGCUCCAGCAGUAAAAGAGAAGCAGCCGAGUGUAGAGGAAGCGAAGGAAACUGUUCCCAAGGCUGCAGCGGUUGCUGUUCCCGCUGCACUUGUUAAAAAACUCCGAGAAGAGACAGGAGCAGGGAUGAUGGACUGUAAGAAAGCCCUCUCUGAAACUGGUGGGGAUUUAGAGAAGGCACAAGAGUAUCUAAGAAAGAAAGGGCUUUCAAGUGCAGAUAAGAAAUCUAGCCGUCUAGCUGCUGAAGGAAGAAUCGGAUCCUACAUUCACGACUCCCGUAUUGGCGUUCUAAUUGAAGUGAACUGUGAAACUGACUUUGUGGGGAGAAACGAAAGAUUCAAAGAGUUAGUCGAUGACCUUGCAAUGCAGGUCGUGGCAUGCCCCGACGUGCGGUAUGUGUCAAUAGAGGACAUUCCAGAAAGCAUUGUAAAAAGAGAAAGAGAGAUUGAGUUGCAGAGGGAGGACCUUCAGAACAAACCAGAGAACAUUAGGGAGAAAAUCGUUGAUGGGCGGAUUUCGAAGAGGCUUGGAGAACUUGUGCUUUUAGAACAACCUUUCAUUAAGGAUGAUAGUAUUUUGGUCAAGGAUUUGGUUAAGCAAACUGUUGCUUCUCUUGGUGAGAACAUAAAAGUUCGUAGAUUUGUUCGCUUCACCAUUGGCGAGACAGUUGCAGAUGCGAAUGAGAAAACCGAAGCAUGAAUGGAGAAAAACAGAAUACCGGGGCAUUGAGAACAAAGUUAGACAUGGGAUCAUGGUAGCAGAUAGAAGAAUGUGAAGCCAUGGUGAAAGUGUUUCUGUGGAGAGAAACUUUAAUAUUCAUUUUCCUCUCUUUUUUGGUAGUGAAGAGUUGAGUUUUACUGAAAAGCUGCAUGAAGCAUUUUGUUCUGAGAGAUUAUAAAAGCUUCUUCGUUCAUAUUAUUCUCUGCAUUUUGGCUCAUUAAUGUAUUAAUCUGUUGAGGCAUUUCUGAAUUGUCAUAUUCAUUAAUUUCAUAUCAUAUGAAUUGUUUGAUA